AUGAGCAAGCUGAAACGGUUCUAUGCGCCUGUCCUCCCUCACUCCCUCCGGAUUCUCCGUGUCGAUGUUAUAAACAGUGAUGAAUGGCCAAGCAACUUGAUCUCCAUCACUAUCGGUGGCCUCUUGAACUCAAAGCCUAUGCUGCAGUUUAGCUCGCCUUCAAGUCUGCGUGAUCUGGCAUUCUCCGUUGCGAAAGCCUCGCAACCAACCUACGUCAGUACCAAACCCCGGGUGAAGAGAUCGACGUUCUCUCGUAGAUGA